AUGUGUUCUUUCAGAGCUGAAGUUACCCUUCCAACAGUAGAAGUAAGAUACGAGCAUUUGAACAUAGAAGCUGAUUGCUUCAUUGGUGAUAGAGCUCUACCAACUUUGGGAAAUGCAGUCCGAAAUAUAGCUGAGUCAGCUUUGACUUUUCUUGGAAUUAGAUUCUCCAAAAGCACAAAACUCACACUUCUUUCUGAUGCUUCUGGAAUCAUUAAGCCUUCAAGGAUGACACUUCUAUUGGGCCCACCCUCCUCUGGAAAGACAACACUUCUACAGGCUUUGGCUGGAAAGUUAGACUCUAGCUUAAAGGUUGAAGGUAAAGUAACAUACAAUGGACAUACACUCAAAGAAUUUGUACCACAGAGGACAUGUGCAUAUGUUAGUCAACAUGAUGUUCAUGUAGCAGAAAUGACAGUCAAAGAAACACUUGACUUUUCUGCAAGGUGCCAAGGAACAGGAUCUUAUAAUGAGUUGCUAGCUGAGCUUGAAAGACGAGAGAAGGUGGAUGGUAUACUUCCUGAACCUGAAGUUGAUCUCUUUAUGAAGGCUAUUGCUAUGGAAGGAACAGACAACAAUCUAAUUACCCAUUACAUUCUUAAGAUCUUGGGACUUGAUAUAUGCCGAGAUACGAUUGUUGGUAAUGAAAUGAUUAGAGGAAUAUCUGGAGGACAGAAAAAGCGUGUUACAACAGGAGAAAUGAUUGUUGGACCUACAAAAACACUCUUCAUGGAUGACAUAUCAACAGGAUUAGAUAGUUCAACAACAUUUCAAAUAGUCAAGUGUUUACAAAAGAUUGCUCACCUCACAAAAGCCACCAUCUUCAUCUCCCUCCUCCAGCCUCCACCAGAGACCUUUAAUCUAUUUGAUGACAUCAUCCUCUUAUCACAAGGCCACAUUGUUUAUCAUGGACCAAGAGAACAUGUUCUUGAGUUUUUUGAGAGUUGUGGAUUCAGAUGUCCAGAAAGAAAAGGACAUGCUGACUUCCUGCAAGAGCUACAAAACGACCUAUCACUAGCAUACAACAAGGCCACAAGUCAAAAAUCUGCUCUAGUCUUCAAAAAAUAUUUGGUCCCAAAAAAGGAGCUCUUGAAGGCAUCUUUUCAAAAGGAAUUCCUAAUAAUGAAGAAAAAUUCUCCCAUAUACAUUUUCAAGAUUAUCCAAACCACAAUCGUUGCAAUCAUUGGUGCAACUGUGUUCUUGAAGACUAAUAUGCAUACUAAUAAUGAAGAAGAUGGGGGAAUAUAUGUGGGUGCUCUUUUGUUUAGCUUGAUCACUAACACCUUUAAUGGUUUUGGUGAGCUUCCGAUGAUCAUAGAGAGACUUCCUGUAAUUUAUAAACAAAGGGACCUUCUUUUUCACCCACCUUGGGCCUUUACUAUUCCAACUUUCCUGCUUGGAGUACCGAUAUCUAUCAUAGAUUCUACUGUGUGGACGGUUGUGACAUAUAACGUUAUCGGAUUCGCCCCGGAAGCAAGCAGGUUCUUGAAGCAAUGGCUAUUGACAUUUAUGAUACAACAAAUGGCUGGGGGACUCUUCAGGUUAGUUGCCUCAAUUUGUAGGACCAUGACAAUAGCCAAUACCGGUGGUGUUCUUGUUGUCGAAUUAGCAUUCCUUGUAGGUGGUUUCAUCAUCCCUAAAGGUCAAAUUCCAAAGUGGUGGGGAUGGGCUUAUUGGGUUUCGCCGUUCAGUUAUGGUUUCAAUGCUUUCACUAUAAACGAAAUGUUUUCUCCAAGAUGGAUGAACAAAAUGGCUUCAGACAAUGUUACCGAACUAGGAGUAGCAGUUUUGAGGACUUUCGACGUCACUCCUGAUAAGAACAUGUUUUGGAUAGGAGUAGCUGUUCUUCUUGGCUUCGCAGUUGUGUUCAACUUUCUCUUCACUUUGUCUCUCACCUACUUAAACCCACUUGGAAAGGCACAAGCAGUCAUAUCCAAAGAGACCCUAAACGAAAUGGAAACAAUCCUCGAAGAACGAGAUGCCAAAGAAAAUUCAAGUAUAGCAGCCACCAAUCCUAUUGAUUCAACGAGGGGAAUGGUUCUUCCAUUUACUCCACUCACCAUGUCUUUCAUCAACAUUAAUUAUUACGUUGAUAUGCCUCCAGAAAUGGAAGAGCAAGGGAUGAAAGAGGACAAACUUCAGUUGCUUCAGAAGAUCACUGGUGCAUUUAGACCUGGAGUUCUGACAGCAUUAAUGGGAGUAAGUGGAGCUGGGAAAACAACACUAAUGGAUGUUUUAGCAGGAAGAAAAACGGGUGGUUUGAUACAAGGAGAUAUUAGAAUAUCUGGAUUCCCCAAAAAACAAGAAACAUUUGCAAGGGUUUCAGGCUAUUGUGAGCAAACUGAUAUCCACUCACCACAAGUCACUGUCUAUGAAUCUCUUGUUUUCUCUGCUUUUCAACGACUCCCUAAAGAAGCUAGCAAAGAAGUGAAGCUGGAAAUUCCUGGGGUCCCAAAACUCAAAUCACAAUAUAAUCCAGCAACAUGGAUGUUGGAAGUGACCUCAGAUUCAACUGAAUCCCGACUUGGAACUGAUUUCUCUGAACAUUACAGAUCCUCACCCUUGUAUAAAGAAAAUAAUUUUCUGGUGGAACAACUGAGCAAGCGUACUUCAGGCGUAAAAGACCUGACCUUCAAAACACAGUAUUCACAGUCCACAUGGGGCCAAUUCAAGUGUUGCAUAAAGAAACAAUGGUCCAGUUAUUGGAGAACCCCUGAUUAUAACCUUGUUAGGUUUUUCUUUGCAUUGGUUACUGCUCUCCUCCUUGGGACAAUCUUUUGGAAAGUUGGCACUAAAAGAGACAGCAGCACUGAUUUAACUACUAUAAUCGGGGCGAUGUAUGUUGCUGUGAUGUUUGCUGGAUUUAACAAUUGUGUAACAAUCAUACCAGUUGCAUCCCUUGAAAGAACUGUAUUUUAUCGAGAACAAGCAGCUGGGAUGUACUCUGCAUUACCAUAUGCCAUGGCUCAGGUAAUUGUGGAGAUACCUUUUGUGCUUGUCCAAACCAUGUAUUAUACUGUUAUAGUAUAUUCCAUGGUAAGCUUCGAAUGGACAGUGGUCAAAUUCUUAUGGUUCUUCUUCAUCAGCUUCUUUACCUUUUUAUACUUCACUUACUAUGGACUCAUGAUUGUGUCUAUAACCCCAAACCAUCAAGCAGCCUCUAUCUUUGCGGCUGCCAUCAACGUUCUCUUCAAUCUUUUCUCUGGAUUCUUCAUCCCAAGACCGGUAAUGUUUGUAAUUUUGGAAUUUGUAUAG